UCGCAGUUUUUGUGUAAACAGGAUUCUUUCCCGAACUAAGAUCCGUUCCAUUAUUAUCAACUUACCCUGUCUCAUUCUACCCAGAGAAACCCUAAUUCAUAUUAUGGGUUUUCUUUUCGAUGUGUUAAUUUGCUGAUUUGUCUAUUUUAUUUAUUUGUUCAUGUUGAUGCCUUUGGUUUUACUCUGAUCAAUCUCUGCACUUUUUUUUUUACUCUGAAAAAAAAAAAAAAAUAGAAACCCUAAUCAUCAAUGGUUACCAAUACUAAAUCUUCAUCUAACCAUCACUCGCCGACUAGUUCUCCGUUACCGGCGCAGUCCGGUGACAACAACAGCCCUAAGUUCCCGCGAAAAAACUUUCCUUCUCCGUGGGCUCAGGUUGUUCGCGGAGGCGAGCCGGAAUCAACGACCACCGGCAUUAACCAAUCACCGCCGUCGUCUUCAUCUUCUUCCUCCUCUUCCCUCACUGCCGGCGCUGCCGACCAAGCGCCGUCGUCUGAUUCCUCCCCGAAGGCGGUUCCUGCUUCGCCGCCGCCGGUGGAUAAUAAUUGCAAUACGGUUGCUGAUCUGGAUAGCUCCGAUGCUAGUGAUGGCAAUGCGGGUCGUUCUAAGAAGCCCGCUUGGAACAAACCCUCAAACGGCGUCGUCGUUGAGGCUGGUCCUGUAAUGGGUGCUGAUUCCUGGCCUGCUUUGUCUGAAUCCACAAAAGCAUCUGGCAAAUUGCCAGCUGAAUCGUCCUCCAAGACUGCUGUGGAUGGAUCACUCUCCACUUCUCAGGGGCCUGUCACAUCACAUCCCCCUCAGAAACAAGCUACUAGUAAUUCAAAACCUAAUUCUGCAAUGAAUUAUAAUAUGCCUAAUAGACAAAGAUCGAUGAAGCGCGUAGGCGGCGGCGGCAUUGGGUCUGGUCCUGCGCAGAGCAGCUUCUCCAAUCCUCCCCCUCCACCGCCACCGCCACCCUUCCCUGUAUAUCAGCUCCCUCCAGUUAGCUAUGGUAAUGUGGUACCUGGGAUGCCAGACCCUUCUCCAAGAGAUCAUUACCGGAAUAAUAACUGGGAUACAAGACCAUUAGUUCGGGGUUUCAUGCCUACGAUGAAUGAACAUCGAGGCUCCUCUCGCAGGGGUAAUUAUGGGCCCCAUCCACGAGGAGAUGGUUCUUAUCAUAAUAAUUAUAGCAGCAGGCGAGAUCACGAUCGGGGAAAUUAUGUGAAUUCUAGAGAUGCUCAUGUACCCCAGCCAAGGAUGCCUCCAAGAGGAUUACUGAGGCAGCCACCCCCUAGUACUGCUGCAUUUGUGGGCCCUCAGCCGGUUGGUCCCUAUGCAAAUCCCGUUGGUUUUCAUGAGUUCUAUUACUUUCCAACAGUAACAUUGGAUCCCUUUAGGGGCAUGCCGUUCUUCACUCACAGCCCUCCUCCUGCAAUGUUCUUACCUGCUGCAGAACCUCCUCUGACCAACUUGAUAGUCAACCAAAUUGAUUAUUACUUUAGUGAUGCUAAUUUAGUGAGAGAUGGGUUUUUAAGGUCCAAUAUGGAUGAACAAGGUUGGGUUCCAAUUACUUUGAUAGCAAACUUCCCUCGAGUGAAAAGUUUGACAAGCAACAUUCAAUUGAUACUGGAUUCGUUGAGAACUUCCACAACAUUGGAAGUGCAGGGUGACAAGUUGAGAAGGCAAAAUGACUGGAUGAGAUGGCUUCCCUCUGCUCAGCUUCGGGCUAAAUCCGGUUCAGUAUCUCCUGGCGGAUCAAGAUACAAUAACCUGGCAACUGAUUUUCAAACAAUCACUCUGGAAGAAAUGAACAAAGAUGAAGGACCAACCGAGUCUUCCAGUCAGUCUCAACUUCCAAAUGGCGGUAACGCUGCAGGGAACAGCAAUUAAAACUGUACUUACAUAAUUACCCCGCCCCAAAUUUAUUAUCCUUGUCUAGUGUCCAGUUUUUCUUUUUUCUUCUUUUUAUUCUUUUUUUGGAGGUGAUGGGAAUAGAGGCUGUGUGGAAGUUGAUUCUUUCUACAGUCACUGAGCUCGAUUUUGAUAGUAAUUUUCAGUCUUUUAGUGGAAACAAAUAAGAUUUAUUCACAUUUGUUACGGUCUAAAGAUAAAAAGAGGAAUUAAUCAGACAUGAAAGGAACUUCAGAAUUUUGAUUGAGGCGGAUUUAAUGAGGUUAUUUGAUUUGUAUAGCUUAUAUUUGCUGUGGUUGAUUAAUUCUUAUCUUUUAAUGGUUUAUGGUGGCAUGUGUGGGCAAAGUCUCUUAUGAGGUUGAAUGAGUUGACUUUGAGCUUAUACUAGGCUGCGCUACUGAAGUU